AUGGCGAUGGAGCUGGCAGGAGGAAGGCCCUCCCCUUCCAUUUUCGCGGAUCAAACCACCCCUAACCCUAGCCCAUCUCCUCCCAUCGCGCCGGACACGUCCGCCCCGCCGCCGGACGCGUCCAUCGCCGCCUCCCGCGCCAAUGGCCUCGCGCCACCUGUCCUGGGCGCCGUCCCCGCCGCCGCGGCCCGCCGGGCCCAGGCGCGGCCCGCGCAGCCGCCCGUCCGCCUCAACGCGCCCCCGCGCGUCCCCGGUCGCCGGCGUCCCCGAGGGCCGCCGCUCGCCGGCCGCCUCGACCCCGCCGUCGGUCGCCCCGGGCCCCGCCUCCAGCGCCGGCGCCUCCGGCCCCCGAAGGCCCGCGCGCUCGCCCGUGCGCCCGAGCGCCAGAUCCCGCCGCCGCCUGGCCGUCCCCGCCGCCGACGUGGCCUCGCCACCCCGGCCAUGGCGCCACCGCCCCAGCGCCUGACCUCGCCGCCACCAACCUCCGCCGUCCCGGUGCGCCUCGCCGCCGCCGCACCUCGCCUCGCCUCCAUGGCCGCCGGCGCGCGCGCGCCACCGUCCGCCGCCCGUCGCCGCCAACCCCCACCGCCGGCGUCCACCCUCCUCUCCCCGCCGGCGCGCCUCUGCCGCCGUCCUCCGGCCCGAGCCCGAGCCGAGCCUCGGCCCGAUCCAAUCCCUAAGGUUGACCCCGAAAUAUCUCAAAGUCCCUAA